UUUCACUAGUAGGCCCAAUCACAGAACAAAACCCCCUAUUCCAAAACUUGAGGAGCCAACAACACUAUCCGUUUCAUUUCAGUCCCCGUCGCCGUUCAACCUGUAAACAACUAGCACUGUCCCCCUCGCUGUCUUCCACCGUGUAACCGUCAAGAAAGUGAAAAUGAAGAAAAUGAUAGCAAUAGGGUUUGAAGGUUCAGCAAACAAAAUAGGCGUUGGUAUAGUAACCCUAGAUGGAACAAUUCUCUCAAAUCCACGCCACACUUACAUAACUCCACCAGGUCAAGGUUUUCUACCAAGAGAAACAGCACAACAUCACUUUCAACACGUUCUUCCACUUGUCAAAUCAGCUUUGGAAACAGCACAGGUUACUCCACAAGAUAUAGACUGCAUUUGUUACACCAAAGGUCCUGGUAUGGGAGCUCCAUUGCAAGUGUCUGCUAUUGUAGUUCGUGUGCUUUCGUUGCUUUGGAAGAAACCGAUUGUUGGUGUUAAUCAUUGUGUGGCUCAUAUUGAAAUGGGUAGAGUUGUAACGGGUGCUGAUGACCCUGUUGUUUUGUAUGUUAGUGGGGGUAAUACUCAGGUUAUUGCUUAUAGUGAAGGAAGAUACAGGAUUUUUGGGGAGACUAUUGAUAUUGCUGUUGGGAAUUGUUUGGAUCGGUUUGCUAGGGUGUUAACGCUUUCGAAUGAUCCUAGUCCGGGAUAUAACAUCGAGCAGCUUGCAAAGAAAGGAGAGCAAUUUAUAGACCUUCCUUAUGUUGUCAAAGGGAUGGAUGUAUCUUUUAGUGGAAUAUUGAGCUAUAUUGAAGCAACUGCUAAUGAAAAGCUAAAGAAUAAUGAAUGCACGCCCGCAGACUUAUGCUACUCUCUGCAGGAGACACUGUUUGCCAUGCUGGUGGAGAUAACUGAGCGUGCCAUGGCUCAUUGUGACACAAAAGACGUUCUUAUAGUUGGAGGUGUAGGUUGCAAUGAGCGCUUGCAAGAGAUGAUGAGAACAAUGUGCUCUGAACGUGGUGGAAGGUUGUUUGCUACUGAUGAUAGGUACUGCAUUGAUAAUGGUGCAAUGAUAGCUUAUACCGGUCUUCUUGAAUUUGCCCAUGGUGCGUCGACUGCACUGGAGGAUUCUACAUUCACCCAGCGGUUCCGAACAGAUGAAGUCAAAGCCAUAUGGAGAGAAGCAAAUUUGGCAAAAUCAAAUAGUCUUGUAGACAGAAGUGUUUGAUUUUUCAAUCUUGAGGGCUGAGUACUCAAUUGUGAUUUUGAGAAAACCAAGGGACAAAUGGAUAUUCAAAUCAGCCAUCUUCAAGUUAAUGUUUGUAGUUAGUGAUACUCAAAUACAAUUAAAUUUAUUAGCACUGUAAAUUUAUGCAUGAAAAAACUCUUCAGUUUGUUUGACAUUUUGUAGGGUUAUGUGGUGCAAAAGUGUCAUGGUUUUAAAAAAAAGACAUAUUUAUCUUGUACUUAUGGUCCUGGGAUUAGUAAUGUUGUAAAAGCUC